AUGGCGCAAUGGGAGAUGCUACAGAAUCUUGACAGCCCAUUUCAGGAGCUGCUGCACCAGCUCUACUCUAAGAGCCUCCUACCAGUAGACAUUCGACAGUACUUGGCCUUCUGGAUUGAAGAUCAGAACUGGGAGGAGGCUGCAUUGGGCAACGAUGAUUCCAAGGCUAACAUGCUCUUCUUCCAAUUCUUGAACCAACUGAACUAUGAGUGUGGUCCCUUUGGUCAAGACCCAGAGUACUUGUUGCUAAAACAUAACUUGCGAAAAUUUGCUCGGGACAUUCAGGCCUGUCCCAACGGUCCUGCCCAGUUGGCUGAGAUGAUCUUUAAUCUCCUUCUGGAGGAAAAAAGAAUUCUGAUUCAGGCUCAGAGGACUCAAUCGGACCAAAGAGAGCCAACCCUCGAUGUACCUGUGGACAGCCAGCAGCAUGAGAUUGAAUCCCGGAUCCUGGAAUUAAGGGCUAAGAUGGAGAAACUGGUAAAGUCUAUCAGCCAGCUGAAAGACCAGCAGGAUGUCUUCUGCUUUCGAUAUAAGACCAUGAACCUAGUGAGGACACCCUCUUUGAACUCCCAUCAGGCCAAACAACAGCAAGUUCUGCAGGAAACUAUCAAUGAACUGGACAAAAGGAGGAAGGAGGUGCUGGAUGCCUCCAAAACACUGCUGGGCCGAUUGACUACCCUAAUUGAGCUACUGCUGCCAAAGUUGGAGAAGUGGAAAGUCCAACAGCAAAAGGCCUGCAUUGGAGCCCCCACAAACCAUGGGUUGGAACAGCUGGAGAAGUGGUUCACAGAUGGAGCAAAGCUGUUGUUUCAUUUGCGGCAGCAAUUGAAGGAGUUGAAGGAAUUGAGUCACAUGGUUAGCUAUGCCGAGGACCCUCUGCCAAAAGGAGUGGACUUGCAGGAAGCCCAAGUCAUGGAAUUGCUGCAGCGUCUACUCCAAAGUGCCUUUGUGGUCGAAAUUCAGCCCUGCAUGGCCCAAACUCCCCAUCGGCCCCUCAUCCUUAAGACUGGGAACAAGUUCAGUGUCCGAACAAGGCUGCUGGUGAGACUCCAGGAAGGGAAUGAAUCGCUGACUGUGGAAGUCUCCAUUGACAGGAAUUCUCCUCAAAUACAAGGCUUCCGAAAGUUCAACAUUCUGACUUCAAACCAGAAAACUCUCACUCCCGAGAAGGGGCAGAGGCAGGGCUUAAUUUGGGACUUUGGAUUCUUGAGUCUGGUGGAGCAACGUUCAGGUGGUUCUGGAAAGGGCAGCAAUAAGGGUCUUCUGAGUGUAACAGAGGAACUGCAUAUCAUCAGCUUCGUAGUCCAAUACACCUACCAGGGUCUGAAGCAGGAGCUGAGAGCGGACACCCUCCCUGUGGUAAUUAUUUCUAACAUGAACCAACUCUCCAUUGCCUGGGCCUCGGUUCUUUGGUUCAAUUUGCUCAGCAAAAACCCCCAGAACCAACAGUUCUUCUCCAGUCCCCCCAUGGCCCCCUGGAGCCUGCUGGGCCCUGCUCUUAGUUGGCAGUUUUCCUCCUACACUGGCCAAGGCCUCAACCCAGAACAUCUGAACAUGCUAAAGACCAAGUUGUUUGGGCAGAACUCUGAGACAGAAAGUGUAUUGUCCUGGGCCAACUUCUCUAAGCGAGAAAGUCCCCCUGGCAAGCUACCAUUUUGGACGUGGCUUGACAAAAUUUUGGACCUAGUGCAUGACCAUUUGAAGGAUCUCUGGAAAGAUGGCUGCAUCAUGGGCUUUGUGAGCCGGAAGCAGGAGCGCAGAUUGCUGAAGAAGAAAAUGUCUGGCACCUUCCUAUUGCGCUUCAGUGAAACGUCAGAAGGGGGCAUCACCUGCUCCUGGGUGGAGCACCAGGACGAUGAUAAGGUGCUGAUCUACUCUGUGCAGCCCUACACCAAGGAGAUGCUGCAGUCACUCCCACUGACUGAAAUUAUCCGCCACUACCAGCUACUCACUGAGGAGAACAUACCUGAGAACCCACUGCGUUUCCUGUACCCCCAAAUCCCUCGGGAUGAGGCUUUUGGGCGCUACUACCAAGAGAAAGUUAAUCUCCAGGAACGGAGGAAAUACCUGAAACAUAGGCUCAUUGUGGUCUCCAACAGACAGGUGGAUGAGCUACAACAACCACUGGAGCUUAAGGUGGAGCAAGAACAGGAUUCAUUAGACCUGGGGCUGUUACCACAGCAGGAAUCACCAGUAAGCCUAGAGUUAGGAUCCCUGCUGGAUGCAGGACUGGAUCUGGGGCCAGUGCUGGAGUCUGUGCUGCAGCCUACGGUGGAGCCCACACUACCCAUGGUACCACAACAAAUGCCAGAGCCAAAGCUGGAAGCAGAAUUGGAGUUCCUUCUAGAGCCUGUAUCACAGCCAGAGCCAGAGGCAGAUUUGCCCCAAGAUCUGAGACACUUGGACACAGAAGGAAUGGAAAUCUUCAGAAACAAUCCUAUGAAGAUUGAAGAAAUCAUGCUAAAUGGUGACCCACCAUUGUCUGCCCCAAACACCACGGAUACCAUGGAUGACUUUUACGCCACCUGCCACAGCCAUUUCCACACCGAUGGACGGUGGAGUCCUUCUGACUACUAG